AAUUCCCACAAUUCAUAGCAAUUAUGGUUGACAAUAAACAGGAACGACAGUAAAGAUGUAUCGAAAAUUAUUACUGUCUCCCAAAUUCCGCAAAUGAAUAACAAUCGAUAUAGUCUAAAAUGGAAUAUAUAUAUUUUCCUACUUUUAGGUUCUCGAAAACUUGGCCAAAUACAGCUUGAUUUUAAAAGAAUUGAAUUCGUUUUGUGACAGUUGAAUUUUUUCCCGGUCGCUUGCACCAAAGACUUCUAUAUAUUCGUCCUAUAUUCUUACAAAGUGAUACAUAAUGGGAUCACGAGGAAUACCUGCAGAUAAGGUGAAUUUGCGUUUGAUAUUGGUUAGUGGAAGAACCAAAGAAUUCCUGUUCUCUCAUUCAAGUUCAGCUGCAGAUAUAACAGAAUAUGUAUAUAGCAACUGGCCAGCAGAAUGGUCAGAUGAAAAGUUACCUGAGACAAAUAUCUUAAGGUUAAUCUAUCAAGGUCGAUUUUUACACGGAAAUGUUACAUUAGGAGCUUUACAAUUACCGAUGGGUAAAACCACAGUCAUGCAUUUAGUUGCAAGAGAAAAUUUACCAGAGCCAAACAAUCAGGGCCAAUUAAAGAAAGACAAAAGUGGAGAGGCCAGUUGUAGUUUAUGUUGUGUUCUUCUGUGAUGUCAUGUGACUUUGACUGGCCAAUCAGACAUUCUGGUCAGAGUUAUGUGAUUUGAAUUGACCAAUCAGAAAUAACUUAAAUGUAUAUUUUAAUCUGUGCUACAGACUUAUCCUGCAGAAGAUUGUUCGUGGACACCUGUCUUUCUCUAAGGGAGACAACCAUGCUUGGUAUCUGCACAACCAAUCAAGAUCCAACAGAUAAAGUCACAUGAUCAGUUAUAACCAAUGAAAAUUUAAAAAAUGCCAUGGAAUGAAUAAGUGAAAACAGAAUAUAUAUAAUAAUCUUCACAAAAAGCUCUUUAGUGCAUAGAAAAUCUACAGAAAAGUAUUUUUUAAAUGGAAGUAAAACCUUGUGCGACAAAUGAAAACUUAGAUAUGGUAACACAUGGGAGCUCUCUCUACCUCGAGUGUGAAGUUAUUUAUGGCAUAGUUCCCUUUUGUCUCAGUCAGAAUUAGAUGCUCCGGUGUGUCAAACUGUAUUUCCAAGGUUACUUAAAGGAUUGAAAGACUUGUAACAAAGUUUUUAGGUUUUUUUUUAUUCCUUCAUAACAUCACUGUCUUAUUUAUUCACUUUACAUGUUCAUUUACUCUACCCUCAAAUUCUGGCAAUUUUAUCCGCAUACAAAUAUGUGAGAAAUUUUCUCAAUUUAUGUAAUUUAUGAUAAUCAAUAACCUGAAUUACAUACAUGUAUGAGGGUCAAUAUAUUUAAAUUUGCUAAUGCAAAGAAUUAUAAUUGUCAAUACCUUGAAAUAUGAGUGAUGAUACCCUGAAUUUUGAGUGACAAUCUUUGAAUUAUGAGUUCUUAGAAACACUCUUCUUGAAAGUAAUUGAUAUAAUUAUGAAUUUGAAUCACCAUGGCAAUUUAUUUCAUCCAUAUGCUGUAUUUAAUUAAAGUACAAAAAGCAAAAAAGAGAUCUAUAACCGCUACCAAAUAUUUUAGAAGAUGUUAAAUUCCCCCUAUCCUCAACAGGCCAUUUAACUUACAUGUACUUUUUGUACAGUAAAGUUCAAGUUUUUCUGUUCAGCACUUCUGACUGUGGUAUCAUAUUAAUCAGAUUUCUUUGCAAAGUCUCAGUUCAAGUUAUUUUUAUAUUUUAUCAAACUGAAAAUGUUUUUAAAUCUAAAGAUAGCAUUCUUUUUCAGGUUUAAAGCCAAAUUUUGACAAAUGCAGUUCAAACAUGAAACUGUAUAAGUCUCAAAAAAGGGAAUUUUGAUAGUUGAUUUGUCCAGGAUUACUUCUAUAUUAUAACUAACCUUAGAUAUCUUUAAUGUUGAAGAAAUGUAAAUUGAUUUUUCUUUUGGACAAUCAUUUUUUCCCUUUGAAAGCUUUCAAAUAUGAAAGUUAAUAAAAUAGAUACGGAUGUUGUCACAUCUACCACAUCAAUGGCAUAUUUCAAGGUUAAAACAAAAAAUACAUGUAAAAAAAAGUGUGCUGAAAUAUUUUUUCCACAGCUUGUUAAGUUGUUUCUAAGUAGCGGACAACACAACUUUGGUGACAUUUUGUAUAAAUUAUUAUUGUGUCAAAAAUUGUAUAUUGACUGUGAAAUUGUGAUAUUUAGUGUUUAAUUUUGUGUAUAAAUCCCACCUAGUGAACUCUUGUGAAAAUGUGGAAAACUUUAAAACAGUAUAACUGUUAUUGUCCAUGUAGUUUUGUGAAAGAAUAGAGGCACACCUGCAGAUAGGCAUGUGGUGUUUCCAUGUAGUUGUUCUCACUGAUUUUUACAGUAAAUGUUGGUUAUUUUUGUCAAAUUAGUGGCUAUUGUAGGCAAAAUUGUUUUAAUCAAUUGUUUCUCUUAAGAGACACAUCAAUUCUUUAUUUAGAUAAGUCGGUAACUGGACUUACCAAUAUUAGCCGAGAUUCCAAAAUUAACUGAUAUUGGCAGUGAUAAAUGGGAUUUUGCCUGUAAUUUGUAAUUCAUAUACAUGUACAUGUAGUUAUAAAAACUCUAAAGUAGGCAGUCGCCAGUUCUUUUGAGGGUUGGUAGUUCCAAUAAACUGCCUGCUGAUGCCUUAAGUGAACAAAGUGGCAAUGUCCUAUCUAGACAAUGAAGGCAUAAAUACGUUAUUACAGUUAUUAUUAGCAAUUUUAAGGGAAACAUUUUUGUAAAAAAAAUUAAGUGUGAUUAGUAUUAAUUACAAAAAUUAGAGAGUUGAUAUGUUGAGACUAAAUAGCUAUCUGAAGAUGUGCCUCUGUUUGAAUGUGAGAAUAUACAUGUAUAUAUAUAAUGGCUAUGUUGUGGAAAUGUAUCAUGUAUGAACGGGAACAUUUGGAUACUACAUAUUUUACGCCUUUGUUUUAAGGUGAUUAUUAUGUAACUGCAUGAUGCAUGUACUAUUCUGUAUAUCAAGAUAACUAGAGUUUAUUUUAUGCUUGUAUUUGAAUUCAUAUUUGAUAUUAUAAUUAAGUUCAAGAUCACACCUGAAUUUACAUAUACAUGUACUUGAAUUCUAACAUGUUAGCAUGUCAAGUUAAAUAAUUCCGAUGUGUAAAGAUCACUUGCUAAACACAUGUUCCCUGAAACAUGUUCUUAGUUUUUCCUCUUUAAUAAUUCAGGUCUGUUGACAAGCUGCUGUUGACAUCUAAAACCAAAGUCAAAGCAACUACCGGUAGUGAUCGAAAGUCACUUGCAGUUUUCAAAAAAGUAAAUAAAUAAAUAAAAACCCUUUGUUUUGAGGGUUUGGAAAUUAUUCAUGUAGUAAACAAUGAAAUAUGAAAAGAUGAACUAUAAUUGAAUGGCAAAAUAUAAUUACAUGCUUGGUGUUGAAAAUAUUUGAGCUUGUAAACCAGUCAAGAAAUAUAAGGAUUUCAUUGAUUAGUUUGAAAUUUUAAAUUUGAAAUUGACCAAUGAAAAUCUAUCUGCCAAAGACUGGUUUUCAAUUACAGAUUGACUCAGACAGAGUCUGAUUUAGAUUGUGAGAUAUAAGAAAAUGCUGGCAUUUUGAGUUCUUUGUUGGAGGAAAAGUAUUUAGAUGUGUAAUAUAUUUUUAUUAUUUGCAUAAUUAUAAUAUUGUUAUCAUAAUAUGAAUAAGUGUUUAGAAAUUAUUAAUCAACAGGGUUUUGACAGCCUCAAAGCCAAGAGUCCUGGGGUUCUUUUGUUGUGGGUGAACUAGUAAUUUUGCUGUGAAGUAGAUAAUAUUUUAUAAAUGUUGCUUUAUACCCUUAUAAUUGAAGCUAGAAUUAGUAUACAACACAUUCUUAAUGCUUUAAUUUACUUCAAUAUAGCCGCUUGACUUUUUUUUAUAACAAGUCUGUUUUUAAGUUAGUUUUUAUAAAUUCAAAAUAUAUUUUCAGUUCUUAAAAAUAUCCACUAUAAAAAAUUGUGUAAUUCAGUUGAAAGUGUUCAACUUUGGAUACCAUAUUGAUUACAACAUUGUCUUUUAGUAUAUGACAACUCAGAUGGGUCAAUCGAAGGGGAAAAAUGUAAGAACAAGAAAAGGUUGUCAAAAUACCGAUAUUGUUGAGAGUACAUGUACAUUGCCUCCAUUUUGUAUUACAUAGUUAAGGCAUCACUUGUUGAAGGUGCAAUACUUGAAUAAUGUGUGAAUGUACAUGAAUAUAUAUACAUGUAUUUAUCAUGUAUAAUAUAGACUACACAAUUGUUUUUAUUAUGACAAGACAGCUAUCAUUUUUGUAGUAUUUUUAAUACAUGAUUAGCAAUUGUUAAUGUUUUCAGAGUUUUGGGCACUUUUUUCUGUGUAGUUUACAAGGGUUGCUGGCACAUUUUACUCUGUAGACCCUAAAAUGAUUUGAAUAAAAUUUGUUAUUCUAAAGUGGUAUUUCUUUACAAAAUGACAUAGUUUUCAUCAAGCUUUGAUAAAGAAAUUUAGAAUUUUAUAUACUAUGAAAGUUGCAAUGGUCACCCAUUAGUGUAUUUGUUUUACAAGCCUCUCAAAUGAUGAAGAUUUAAAAGUCAGCCUCAUAGAAAAGCUCAUUUGUUAUAUGUAGUUAUGAGACUGGUACUCCCAUUUUUCAUGCAGAGUUGUUUCCCUUUAACUUCAAGACUGGUUCUUACUCUGUAAAAUCAACCAUUUUUCACAUUUUGAGUCUGAAUGCCUAAAACAAAGAGAAACUUUGUUUUGAUAUAGAAAGAAUAAAAUCAAGAGUUGUUUUUUCAUUGGAGAGAAGUUUUUUCUUAUAAUUUUGAGGCAUUUGUUACCUUAAUCAGAGAACGUGACAUAUUUUGAUUUUUUUUAUAGAAAUAAGAAAACUGGUCUUUUAUAUUGAUAAAAAAGACUGGUUUUACAUAAUAUUAGAGACUGGUUACUCUGUUUUCUUGCUUUAUUAAUUGGUUCCUUUAUUUACUUAUUGAUUGAUAAAGAAGUAAAAGACAUGUAAUAAUUAUAAAAAGCUGUAUUCCCAGAUUGAUGUAUUUUAUAUUUUUGAAUACGG